CUCUUCCUGUGUUACCGCCCUUGGUUGGACCGAGUGACAAACCUCAGACACACAGGAGUAUCCGCCACUACAGUCGAUUUAGAGUCUGGUGCUCUUUAUAGUUUUACCCAGCGACGUGUCUUUUAACUCAGACAGCCCCCCUCCUCCCUGAUCUGGAGCAGAAACACUGAGCAGGACCAGAGUGGCUGUCGCGGUUUGUUUGCCGUUCGCUGUCGCCUAGCAAGCUAUAGCCACCAUGGCGCUGUCGUUCAAGAAGGACCUCGACAAGUACAAGGAUAUCGACGAAGAUGAGAUCCUGAACAAGCUGUCGGAGGAGGAGCUGAAGCAGCUGGAGACGGUCCUGGAGGAGGUGGAUCCUGAGAAUGCGCUUCUUCCGGCCGGUUUGCGGCAGAAAGAUCAGACCGAUAAGUCGGCCACUGGGCCGUUCAACAGAGAUCGGCUGCUCAAAUACCUGGAGAAGGAGGCCAUGGAUUACAAGGACAGAGACGACAUCGUUCCCUUCACUGGGGAGAGAAAAGGUAAAGUAUUUGUUCCCAAGCAGAAACCGAAAGACAUGUUCCAGGAAGAAGCCACAACCCUUGAUCCAGAAUUAGAAGAAGCUCUCUGCAGCGCCACAGACACCGAAUUGUGUGAUUUAGCAGCUAUUCUGGGUGUGCACACACUGGUCACCAGUAAUCAGACAUAUGAUGGAACUGGAAGUAAAGAGGGCUACAACAAUGUGGUGAAAGGAGAGAAGAUGAACCCGGUGUUUGACGAGCCUCCCAACCCCACCAACGUAGAAGAAACACUGCAGAGGGUAAAAAACAACGACGGCUCCUUAAAAGAGGUCAACCUUAACAACAUUAAGAACAUUCCCAUUCCCACUCUGAAAGACUUUGCCAAAGCAAUGGAGAAGAACACACACGUCACAAAGUUCAGCCUGGCAGCAACACGGAGUAACGACCCAGUUGCUGUGGCAUUCAGUGACAUGCUGCGGGAAAACAAGACGCUGCGAAGUUUGAACUUGGAGUCCAAUUUCAUCACUGGAACAGGAGUGCAGUCUUUGGUGGAGGCGUUGCGAGAUAAUGACACACUCACCGAGAUCAAGAUAGACAACCAGCGGCAGCAGCUGGGCACCACCGCGGAAAUGGAGAUAGCUAAAAUGUUGGAACAGAACAAGAGCAUAGUGAAGUUCGGCUACCACUUCACCCAGCAGGGGCCUCGGUCCCGGGCUGCUGCGGCCAUCACCAAGAACAACGACCUCGUCCGCAGGAGGCGAGUGGAGAGGGACCAGUAGAGGCGGAGCGCUACCUUCCUCCGAGCCAAUCCUGUUCAUCUCAUCGCGUGGAAUAAUUUCAGCCGCUGCCCUGGUCUCAUCUCACUGUGUGAAAGUUUUAGUCCUGUGCCAAACUAUGGGGCAAGGCUUGCUCAGCCUGAACAAUACAUCAGAGAAGAAGGGAAAUAACUGGAAUCGCCCUCUCCCUGUUCAUGUUUCUUAUGUUUGUUCUUGAUGUUGUAAAUCUCAUUAGUUUUUAAAACAUGUCAUUUCAGCUGCUCUUAUUUUGAGCCUUUAUAUUUACCUGUCCAGAAUUUUUACGUUUGUUGUUUUUGUUUUUUCUUUUUCUUUUAUACGAUGCUAUAAUACAUGUGAAUUAGUCAUGCACAGUACUACGUAACAAACAACAGCUUUGAGGAAAAUCUAAAAAACAAAAAGGAAACAAACAAACAAACAAACAAAAAAAAAAACAUUUGGAGACUUGUGUUGCGGCUGAGAUCAGAGCUUCUUUUGAAACGAUGCGUUAAAGCAGUAGAAUUUGUCUGGAGUUUGUGCUUCCUUUUGACGACUCUUGGUUCUAAUGGAGCGCGGCAGCAUGGAGCUGCACAGGCGCUGGUUUUUGCUGGUGUUACUAAAAACCUCUUGUAAAGCUGGCAGGACUGGACCUGGUGUGCUGCAAUGGUUGGUCUGAAUCUAGUCAGUGACGUGUGUUAAAAUCACGUGGAUAACCUUGGUUUAUCUCCUUUUGUAAAACAAAAACUGUAAUUACUUAUUUACUGUUUUAACCUAGCUGAAGUUCUUGCUUUGAUACAGUUGCAAUUUUAAUAUUAAUUAUUUCGAUCAAAAAAGUAUAACUAGGUCAAAGUGUUUAGUAUAAUGCAAAAGUGAGCUUAUUUUGAAAAAAAAAACGUAGAAAAAUACAAAUUAGAGAAGAUUUUGAUGCUCAAUCAUGCCAAAGACUAACACACGUAGUGCAGAUGAUGCAACAGUAGACCACUUGCUUUUAACUCCACAGUCUAGAUCCAAGGAAACAAAAUCUACUUAUAAAAAAAAAUUCACUUGGACAUUUUUACAUGAAGCAAUGCUGUUGACCCCUUAUUUUGUUUUGACCUUUUCAUAACAAUUUGCUAGCUCACUGAGACAUGUGAAAUGUUUUCUUCCAGCUCCAUCUUGCAGAUUGAAGUUGUAAUUUGAAGCCUUCGUCCUCCCCCAACACAAACUGUCACAGGUUCAGUGGUAGAGCCGAGUUGAGAAUCCAGGUGCAUCGAACAGAACGUUCCUCUAACCUGCUAACCAGGAUAUAUUCAGGAGUUACUUGAACCUUGUAUAAAGUGUCUAUAGGAACAAUAUGCUGGCAUGACGUCCUCACUUGUGAACAUCAAGUUUCUGUUGACCAAAAAGCUUCACAUUCCUUAGGAAAAAUAUUUUACUCAGUUUUUCUUUUUUUUAUAUAUAUUUGUGCACUUUUUCCAUGUCCACAUCUGCUAAUAUUUCCUCCAGACAGAUUGCUUUUAUAUUCCUUUGUUUUCUGGUGAGCAGUCACCUACAGUGGAUAACUUUUCUUCUUUUUUUUCUUGGGCUUGUUGGUAUCUGGUGGCUUGUAAUAUGUAAUAUUAACUGUAAAAUCCCAUCCCAGAUUGAAAGUAUGCACACAGAUACACACACGUGUGUCAUAACCCACAAAUCACUGCUGAGAUUUUUUUUUUUUUUUUUGUACCUGAACUCCACACUCUGUUAACACAAAGAAUGUGUAUUAUCAUUAUUAUUAUUAUUAUUAUUAUUAAAAAAGGACAGGUUAAAAAGCACUGCUGAAUAUAAAAUAUCCUCAACAAUAAAUGUUUAUAUAUA